UGUGUGAGUGAGUGAGUGUGUGUGUGAGUGAGUGAGUGAGUGAGUGUGCGGUUAGACCGUCGGGCGGUUCACCGGCUCUACCGACCCCACAAUGACCGGAAAGUCCGGGUUAACGUUGGCUGAUGUCUUCUCUUACGAGAGUCUGGUGCACGCAGUGGCUGGGGCGGCUGGAAGCGUGACGGCCAUGACUGUCUUCUUCCCACUGGACGCAGCUCGUUUGAGGCUUCAAGUGGACGAGAAGAGGGAGCCAACGUCCACCCCGGUGAUACUGGCCGAGAUCAUGAGAGAGGAGGGACUGUUGGCCCCGUAUCGCGGUUGGUUCCCCGUCAUCUCCAGCCUUUGCUGCUCGAACUUCGUCUACUUCUAUACCUUCAACACCCUGAAGGCCAUCUGCGUCAAAGGGCAUCCCUCCAAGAGCAAAGAUCUCAUGAUGGGUUUCAUCUCAGGGGUGGUGAACGUGUUGCUGACCACACCACUGUGGGUGGUCAACACUCGCCUCAAGCUGCAAGGAGCAAAGUUCAGGAACGAUGCCAUCCAACAGACCAACUACCAGGGCAUCUUAGACGCCUUCAAACAGAUAGUGCGGAGGGAGGGGGCGAUGGCGCUGUGGAAUGGCACUUUCCCCUCACUGCUCCUCGUCCUGAACCCGGCCAUACAGUUCAUGUUCUACGAAGGGUUAAAGAGGCAGCUCAGGAGAGGGCGUCCUGAGCUGACGUCCCUUGAAGUGUUUGUAAUCGGUGCCAUCGCUAAGAUGGUGGCAACAACGGUGACCUACCCGCUCCAGACCGUCCAGUCCUUACUGCGGUUCGGCCAACAGAGGAUGGGCCCAGAGAGCAGAGUGUUGGGGAGUCUGCGGAGUGUGAUCCAUCUGCUGAGCCAGCGAGUCCGGAGACACGGGAUGAUGGGGCUGUACAAGGGGUUGGAGGCCAAACUCCUUCAGACUGUGCUGACGGCCGCUUUGAUGUUCCUCAUCUACGAGAAGAUCGCGGGACUGAUAUUCCACCUCAUGGGUGCGUGGGGGCUGGCCGGAGGCUAGAGACUGAAGCCCCCCACCCCCCCCACCCAUCCCAUCCCAAGCCCUC